AUGUCAAAGAUCAAUUACUUUUUUAGUAUGCUUUUUAUUGGCUAUUUUAGAUAACCAAAACCUAAAUUUUAAAUUCAUUCAAUCUUUGAUAAUUAAGAUUUAGAAAAAAGAUAAAAACUUUAGCAAUAAAAGUUAGAAUAAGAUAUUUAUAAUUAUAAUAAGAUGAUGGCUGAAGAAAAAAAGCGAAUUAAAUAAGAAUUAAGUAAAUCCUAACAAAUUGAUAAUUCUAUUGCUCCAUUAAGAUUACCAAAAAUAUAAGCUUUUUCUUAAGAGCCUUAAUCAAAUAAAAAUGGGUAUACUUAAAUUUUAAAUGUUCCUAACACAUUAUCCAAAUCUUUUGUUUUGAACAGUGAAUAUUCUUAAAUUAAAAAUACUCUUAUUCCUAUUUUAAAUCCUUUAGAAGAAUAAAAAAUAAGUCCAAGUAAAAUCUAGGAUUAAAUUGAUUAAAAUCAAUUAGAAUUUUAAGAAUAGAAAUAAAAAGAGGAUAUAAAAAAGAGAAACCAAGAGUUAGAAGCAAUAAGAAAAAAAAUGCAUGAAAAUUAUAUUACUACACGCAAUCAAAUUACUUCUCUUGUUGAAUUUAUUAAAUAUAAUUAGUAAUAGCAGAAUUAAUUUUUAGUUUUAUCUAGAUAAUUAAAUACUCUUAUGAAUUAAGAUUAAUUAUAACCAGCUUAUCCAUUUUUAAAGGAGGAAUUAAAUAAAAAAAUGAAUAAUUAAUAUUUUCAUCACAAUGAAUUUUUAGAAUAAGUUAAAGAUGAACUUAAAACGCAUUCAAAUUAUGUAUUAUAUAUAAUUAAGAUAGAUUCAAUUUCAAUAAAUAGGAAAAGUAGAAGAUUAAGAGGAUCUAAUUUUUGAGCUCUGA